GGAACGAGGAAGAAGAGGGUAGAGGAGGAGAGGGAGGAGGGAGGUGGCAGUGCUGUGGCAGAGGGACAGGAGCAGGAGGGGGAUGGAGAGGAGAAGGUUCCUAGGUGGCACGGUGCUCCUGCUCCUCCCGGCGCUGCCCAGCCCCCUGUCAGCGAGGGCUGAACCCCCACAGGAUAAGGAAGCCUGAGUGCAUACCAAUAAUCAAAGCUACAUCUGUGACAGAGGACACUGCUGCAGACAGUCUCAGUGCUGCAACUACUGCUAGGAACUCUGGUAGCUCUGGCUGGUGUGGACCAUCAUCAUCAUCCUUAGCUGCUGCUACAUUGGCCACCACCGCCAAGCCAAGCACCGCCUUCAGGCCCAGCAUCGGCAACAUGAAAUCAACCUGAUCCCCUGCCGAGAAGCCUUCAAUCACUCAGUGCUGCCUUUUUACUUCAGGUUUUUGCUAAACUACUUACUACCUCCUUAUGAGGAAGUGGUGAACCAGCCUCCAACUCCCCCAGCAUACAGUGCCUUCCAGCUACAGCAGCAGCAGCUCCUGCCUCCACAGUGAGGCCUGGCAGAUGGCAGUCCCCCGGCGCCAAUCCCCCAGGGGAUCCAAGGGAAUCCCUUGUCUGAGCCCAGCAGAAGUAUCACAAGACCCCCAAGCAUCGCUGAUCCUGAGCCCUCUGACCUACCAGGUGACCGAGUAGCCACCAAAGCCCUGGGGAUGCAGCCCAGUGGCUCUGUAGCCGGCCUGGGAGAGCUGGACCCAGGGGCCUUCCUGGACAAGGAUGCAGAAUGUAAGGAGGAGCUGCUGAAAGAUGACAGUUCUGAACAUGGCAGCGCACCGCUCAACAGCAAAGAGAAGAUGCUCAGGAGACAUCGCUGCUUCACUGGUGACUCGGGCAUUGAGUGCGUAUGCCAGGGCCACCAUGAUCAUAGCCUUAAAGAGUUCAACAUGCUCAUCGCUGAUGCACUGGAUGGGCCCCUGGACUUCUGCGACAGCUGCCAUGUGCAGCCUCCUGGUGAUGAGGAGGAAGGCCUCUUCCAGCCCUCCGAGGAGCAGGCUUGACAGCCUGGGCACCUGCACCUGCCACAGCUACAUGCAUGCCUGCUGCUAAACACCAUCAACGAGCAGUACUCUCCCAACUCCCAGAGCAGCAGCUCCCACAGCUAGAUCAGGCUCUGCCAGCACCCAAGAACUUGGCAAAGCAACCAGGGUAGGGGAGAACCACGAGAGAAGCAUUAAAUGACUUUCAGAGA